AUGAGUCUCGGAGGAGCUGUCCUUAUUGUUCUGACUUUUGUUAUCUGUGAGUGUGCAGAGAAACCUCACAUUAUAUUUAUAGUCGCUGAUGACCUCGGCUGGAACGAUGUUGGAUUUCGGAACCCUCAAAUGAUCACCCCUAACCUGGACAGACUGGCCAAAGCUGGAGUCGUCCUCAACUCUUCAUACGUUCAGCCUAUGUGCUCGCCCUCCAGAAGCUGCUUCAUGUCAGGAUAUUUCCCCUAUCACACUGGACUACAAGACAGCGGUAUUCCGGUAGACGCAGCGAGAUUCUUGCCAGCCAACCUAACAACUAUACCACAAAGACUGAAACAACUCGGCUAUGAUGCUCACAUGGUUGGGAAGUGGCAUCUUGGCUUCUGUAACUGGAAAUAUACACCCACAGAGAGAGGCUUUGAUACCUAUCUUGGCUAUUACUCCGGUGAUGAAGAGUAUUUUACUCACAUGUCACAGGAUCGAGGAGGUGACGUGGGCCUGGAUUUUCACUUCAAUAAGACUGUCUAUGGCAACGCAAAUGGAACCUAUUCUGCAAAUGUGUUUACGGACAGAGCUGUUGAAAUCAUCGAGAACCACGACAAUAGUAAACCACUUUAUCUAUACCUUCCAUUCCAGUCUGUACAUAUACCUCUAGAAGUUCCUUCAAAAUAUGAAAACCUGUACAAGAACAUAGAAAAUCUAAACAGAAGGGUCUAUUGUGGAAUGGCGAGUUCGUUAGACGAAGCUGUGGGAAACAUUACGAAGGCUUUAGAAGACAAAGGCCUCAUGGACAAUCUAUUGUUAGUCUUUACAACCGAUAAUGGCGGUCCUACAUUUGUUGCUGCUAAUAACUUGCCUUUACGAGGAGCCAAGAAUACUCUGUGGGAAGGGGGAACGAAAGGCACGGCUUUCAUCUACAGUAAAACACUUCUGAAGAAGACAGGCUACCUCAACACUGGAAUGAUGCAUGCUGUGGACUGGUACCCGACUUUGGUGGAGCUGGCUGGUGGAGAGAACACAGAUCCCAAAAUGGACGGAGUUAGUCAGUAUGACAUGCUCAUCAAUGGCGGAUCCACCAAACGGAAUGAGUUCGUCUACAACAUCUAUGAUGAGCGGGAAGCAGCUGCAAUACGGUACGGAGAUCUCAAACUCAUGCAAGGAAAUCCAGGAGAUCACAAUGGUUGGGCUCCUUUGCCACAUCUGGGAAUUGAUGAAGGCGUCUCUCAAGCUGAUAACCAAACAUUCCCUCCCUUCAUGCUAUACAACAUUACUUCAGAUCCAACUGAACACUUCGACCUUUCAGCGAAGUACCCCGAGUUAGUGGACAUGAUGAAGAAGAGGUUGGAGAACUGGAAGAAGACACAUGUCCCAUCGCAGGACGGUUCUCCCGUUCCCAACGCAAACCCCAAAUACUUUGGCGGCGCCUGGAGUCCAGGCUGGUGUUGAUGUCUCUUACAAACAGACAAUUUAUCUUUAUCAAAGAUACGCUUAUAAUAUAUCAAUUUUCAAAAUACCAACUGUCACACGAACUUGUAAAACCGAGUCUUUACUGCAUCAACUUCGUUUAAUGAAGAUGGAAUGGUUACAAUAAUUGAGUUAAAUAAAUAUAUUGAAUGUU